AUGCGAUCCACUGGGGAGUCAGAUUACAGCCAGCAGAGCCAACAAUCUUCCCAAUUCGGCUCCACAAUUCUAUCAGUUGGCCUAGACUCUGCUACUAUGGAGGCUCUUGUUCGUCGCAUUCUUGGAUGCAUCGAAAUACCAAAGACUCGAGCCAAAGAGCUCGGUCUGCCCUACACUGGUCUCGAGAUUGAUGGCGAUGCGCUUUUGAAUGAUGUCGCUUCAGCCAGAAUUUCCAAAUCAACUCCUCUCAGUGUUUUCGCAGCGCAGGAGCUCGAGUUUGGUCUUCGACAAUUUGUAGAAAAGGACAUUAAGGAUUCGAUACAUUUGACAACUGAGCAAUGUAUAACCACCACACUGCAACACCUGCGCCGAUCGGGCUGCCAGGAAACUGAAAUUAUUACCAACGUUUUGGCCUUCGCUUCUGCUCGAUCUACCAGUUCUACAGAAAUUGAGGAAGAUACUGAGUUUAGCAUGGAUAGAGUAAAAUGUAUUUUCAUUUUUGACGGCUUUAGGGUCAAUGAAAAAAAUAUAAAUAUGCAUAUUUAUGAUCCUCAUAGAUAA